AUGCCUGAAAAACAGAAGCCAGGGUCGGCACGACCAACCGAACCCGUUGGCCAAAGCAUCGCAGGUCCCAGUGGGCGACUUUCAACAUCAUUAGAAAUCGAAGACUCAUCAUCGGAGAAUCUCAAACAUCGUCUUCAUGAAUGGGCAGCUACUGGAGCACGCAAUGACGACGAAGAUGACCAAGGCGAAGAGUAUGAGCUUCUCAUGGAUCCAAAUCUCCCUCGCGAGUAUGAGACGAGAAGAAAGAACUCGGGAGAUUCUGAAGAUGAAGUGGCUUUGAUCAAGGAUGGCGAUGCUGAAGACGAGGAUGAGGAAGAAGAGAACUCGCCCUUUCCCGAAGUUCGGGCUGCGGUGCGCAACUUUGACGAAGAUCUUCCGUGCAAUACAGUACGGGCAUGGACUAUUGGGAUGCUCCUUGUCGUCGUGGGCGCUUCCAUGAACACACUAUUCUCUCUUCGCCAACCGUCCAUUAGCAUUGGUCCUCUCAUCGCCCAAAUCGUAGCGUGGCCGAUGGGUCAUGGCUGGGCCAAGUUUGUGCCAGAACGAGAGUUUACCAAUUUUGGCAUCACAUGGACUCUCAAUCCUGGACCCUUCAACGUAAAGGAACAUGCCAUCAUCGUCGUCAUGGCAAGUGUCUCGUUCUCUGUAGCAUAUGCUACCGAUAUCAUCCUAGCACAACUCGUAUUCUACAAGCAGGACUUUGGCAUUGUGUUCCAGCUUCUGUUGACCAUAUCGACCCAAUCGGUAGGCUAUGGUAUCGCAGGCAUGCUUCGAAAGUUCUUAGUGUAUCCUGCAUCUAUGAUCUGGCCCGAGAACCUUGCUGGCGUUACUCUCAUGAAUGCCAUGUAUGAGAGAAACGAUGCUCCAGAUCCCAGUAUUCUGGGAGGCACAAUGCACAGAUACAAAUGGUUUGUUAUUGUAACAGCAUGUUCCUUUUUUUACUACUUCAUCCCGGGUUUUCUGGCUCAGUUCCUGAGUAUCUUUGCUGUAGCGACAUGGAUGGCUCCUCAGAAUCCUGUUGUGAACCAGUUGUUCGGAGGCCAAACUGGGUUGUCUCUUCUUCCCAUUACUUUCGACUGGACCCAGAUUGCAGGAUACGUUGGCUCGCCGCUCAUCCCACCAUGGCAUGCCAUCGCCAACACUCUUAUCGGUGUCGUGGUCUUCUUCGUCAUAGGAUCAUCUUUCCUACACUACGGAGGAGCAUGGUAUGGCGAGUAUUUGCCAAUGAGCGACUCGGGUACAUAUGAUAAUACCGGAGCCCGCUACAACACCACGCGAAUCCUCACAAAAGACUUCACACUGAACGAAGAGGAGUACAAGAACUACUCGCCCCUGUUCAUCAGUACAACUUUUGCCAUCUCUUACGGCCUGUCCUUUGCUGCUAUAUCCUCACUCGUCGUUUACACUUAUCUGCACAACGGAAAGCAGAUUUGGCAGCAAUGGAGGAAUAGUACAAACGAGAAGCCUGAUAUCCACAUGAAGCUUAUGAAAAAGUACAAGGAAGCGCCUACUUGGUGGUACAUGUCGCUUUUCGCUAUUAUGCUCUUGAUCGGAUUCUAUACAGUGCUUUGCUAUCCUACAAAUCUUUCUUGGUGGGCUUUUUUACUCGCUAUUGCAAUCUCUUUUGGAUUUGCUCUUCCCAUAGGCAUUAUUCAAGCUGUGACAAACACUCAAAUUGGAUUGAAUGUCUUGACAGAGUUCAUCUAUGGAUACCUUCAACCAGGUCGACCGCUGGCUCUAAUGAUUUUCAAAACAUACGGAUACAUCACGAUGGCGCAAUCUCUUCGAUUUGUCUCGGACUUGAAGUUUGGACACUACAUGAAAAUCCCUCCUCGAACCAUGUUCCUGUCUCAAGUUGUUGCCACAACAUUCUCGUGCUUUAUUCAGAUCAUCGUUCUGAAUCUGUCUCUGAACAAUAUCCCCGAUGUCUGUGAGCAACACCAGGUUGACCACUUUACGUGUCCUGGUGGUCGCGUCUUCUUCGCUGCCUCCAUCAUCUGGGGCCUCCUCGGACCUGCCCGCAUGUUCUCGCCUGGCCAAGUCUACUCUGGUCUGUUUGUUUUCUUCAUCAUUGGUGCCAUCACUCCCGUGGUCAUUUACUUCUUGGCCAAGCGUAGGCCCAAGUCUCCAGUGCGGUUCCUCAUGGCACCUCUAAUCUUUGGGGGAGCAGGGGCUAUGCCUCCCGCCACACCACUCAACUACCUUUCGUGGGGUGCCGUCGGCUUCAUAUUCCAAUUCUGGGUCAAGAAGCGCCACUUCAGAUGGUGGUCGAGACUCAACUUCCUGACAUCGUCAGCACUCGAUCUUGGGCUCGCCCUUGCGACAUUGUUCAUCUUCUUUGCAUUCACCCUGCAUGGUAUAGAUCCGCCAAGCUGGUGGGGCAACGACAUUGUAUCCUCGACCAUGGAUGUCCAGGGUACAGCGAUACAAGCCCAUGUCGCCGAGGGAGAGCGGUUCGGGCCUAAGAGCUGGUGA